GCAAGUACAUAACCGAAUGGCAUUGAAGGAGCAAAGGACACUGCUGAGAUAAAGAGGCGCUGGAGUAUGGUUGGCGUCUAUGACCAACUGCCAACACAUCAACGCUUUGGUUGCAUCUGCUACACAAGCUCCUAACAAGGACAGUAAACACAAGGGAGGGGAGAAUGCAUACCCCUUCUGUACUGGGAUUCCAGACCAUCAUGAGCAACGUCACUGUCCUCGAUAACGUUGAACCUCUUGACUCCGAAAUGGACUUGGACACUCCUUACCCUGUCAGCUUCCAGGUGUCUCUAACAGGUUUCCUCAUGUUGGAGAUUGUGCUGGGACUCAGUAGCAACCUGACUGUGCUGGCUCUCUAUUGUAUGAAGUCAAACCUGGUGAGCUCUGUCAGCAACAUCGUAACCAUGAACCUUCAUGUGCUGGACGUCCUGGUGUGUGUGGGCUGCAUCCCACUUACAAUUGUGGUGGUGCUAUUGCCACUGGAAGGCAACAGUGCACUCAUCUGCUGCUUCCAUGAGGCUUGUGUGUCUUUUGCUAGCGUGGCUACUGCUGCCAAUGUCCUGGCCAUCACACUAGACCGCUAUGACAUCUCAGUUCGGCCUGCAAAUCGAGUUCUGACAAUGGGACGAGCAGUGGCCUUAUUAGGGUCUAUUUGGGCUUUAUCAUUCCUUAGCUUUCUGGUACCCUUCAUUGAAGAGGGUUUCUUUAGCCAGGCAGGUAACGAAAGAAAUCAGACAGAGGAGGAGGAACCGUCAAACCAAUAUUGCACUGAAUUGGGCCUCUACUAUCACCUGCUGGCACAGAUCCCCAUCUUCUUCUUCACUGCUGUGGUCAUGUUGGUUACUUACUACAAGAUUCUGCAGGCGCUAAACAUCCGCAUUGGCACACGUUUCCAUUCGGUGCCCAAGAAGAAACCGAGAAAGAAAAAGACCAUCUCCAUGACUUCCACUCAGCCAGAGUCCACCGAUGCCUCACAGAGCAGUGCAGGCAGGAAUCCACCACUGGCCAUGCGUACCUCCGUGUCCGUGAUCAUAGCCCUCCGCAGGGCAGUCAAACGGCACAGGGAACGCCGUGAACGGCAAAAGAGGGUUUUCCGCAUGUCGCUUCUUAUCAUCUCCACCUUCCUGCUUUGCUGGACACCCAUUACCGUGCUCAAUACAGUAAUCCUGAGUGCAGGGUCAAGCAACUUAACGGUGCGUCUCAGGCUGGGCUUCCUGGUCAUGGCUUAUGGAACCACCAUUUUUCACCCGCUGCUCUAUGCCUUCACUCGACAGAAAUUUCAGAAGGUUCUAAAGAGUAAAAUGAAGAAGCGUGUUGUGUCAGUUGUAGAGGCUGACCCUAUCCCCAAUAACGUGGUCAUCCACAACUCAUGGAUUGACCCAAAAAGGAACAAAAAGGUGACUUUUGAGGAGACAGAGGUCAGGCAAAAAUGCCUCUCAUCAGAGGAUGUGGAAUGAGCUAGUGGGCCAAUUUAAGGCAAACAUCCACAUCAGGUACAGAAUCAUUAAAAAGGGAAACCACUAAUCCAAAGAAGUAAUGAAUUUAAGUGUAUUAACUGUACAGUAUCUCAAGAGGAAUAAUUUAUUAUUAUUUAUUGUAAUGGUGACUAUUGUAGAUGUCUUAGAUGGUAAAGUGUAAAUACUGCAUGUGUUUUAUUGAUGUGGUCCUAGAGAUUGUACAUACAUACCCAAGUAAAUUAUAAACUACAAAUGUAAAUGUAGAAAGACUUAGAAAAUGAUGUUCCUGGGUUUGUUCAUUUGCAUUAAAUACCCCCCAAAACAGCAUAAUAUUUUUUUUGCUCUCAAGAUUAACCCUGCACAACUGUGAUAUCACUGGGUCGUAUUUCUUGAGUAGUUUUUUGUUUUACUCUGUAGAGAAAGUGGUUUUAUGUCUUUGUUCUCUUUUGACUUCAGCCACCUCAAUUUUUACGGUUGCAAAAUAUAAGAUAAACACGGUUAAGAAUUCACACUAUGAGUUUCAUUAAGUGGAUAUUACCUGCCCUCCACCCUGCAAUAAAAGGAUCACGAUGGCUAUAUUACUCAGGUCAACAAGUCACAGCGUGCACUUACAAAGCAAGGUCUGCUUCUUUUCAAAAUCACUUGCACGGCCAGUUGGCAAAAAAUCAUAUCUUUUUAUAGAGAUGAGGGAGGUGGCUCACAGCAUAUUGUCCAAAAAGCUGCUGGAGUAUGAAGUGGAUGGGGGGUGUCAUUGGAAACGUGUUGAUUCCAAAUACUUGACCUUAUGAGACCUAUUGAGCUUGAUGGUGUUUGAUUAUGGGAUAGACUGGAUUAGAGGGUGAUAACUGUAUCUUUUGGCAGCCUACAAAAAGAAUCACCUUUGCAUUGCAGCACUUAAAGGUCACACACUGUUCAGUAUGAGAGGCAAAGUCAUGCCAUUAAACAUUAAACAUGAAAAUUAAGUAAAAUACAGUUAUGAGGGGCGGGUUAAUUCCUGACUGAGUUGACAUGUUCAGUUUCAGGAACAGGUGCACAUGGUGUUGGAUGAUAGCUUGCAUUAAUAAAAUGCAUUUACAAUCAAAUCAUUAACAG